GCCACGGAGUUGGACUCAGACCGUUCUCACUGCCAUGAGGCUGGCCGUGAUUUUCUUGACUUUCCUGGGGUUCCUAACAGCCCAGGAGAGAGAUGAGUGUCCUGGUAAGAAAUCAGCCACUCUGCUGCCAUCCUUCACAAUGACACCGACUGCAACAGAGAGUACCACAAGCCCUGAAACGACCAGCCACAGUAGUACCACCGAGAGCCACAGAACCACCACCACCACCACAAACACCACUAGCCAAGAACCCACGACGUCUCACAAUCUUACCACCACCAGUCAUCAAAAUGUCACCGUUCACCCAACAACAAGCAAUAGCACCACCACCACCAGCGCAAGACCCUCUACCACUUCCUCCCACCCAGGAUCACUGCCUCCACCCUCUCCGAGUCCCAGUCCGGGAGAUAAGGCUAUAGGAAACUACUUGUGGAACAACAACUCCCAGCCCUGUGUCCGCCUCAAAGCUCUGAUACAGAUACGAGUUCUGUAUCCAACCCAGGAUGGAAAGGAGAAAUGGGGCAUCUCUGUGCUGAACCCCAACAAAACCGUGCCUCAUGGGAGCUGCGCCCACCCCCCGUUACUCCUCUCAUUCCCCUCCGGUCAAAUCAAAUUGGGAUUCCAGGAGAAAUACCAGAGCACGGUCUACCUGAAUUACUUGGCUGUGGAGUUCAACGUGUCCUUCCCAGAAGCAACACAGUGGACAUUCUCAGCCGAGAAUUCAUCUCUUCAAGAUCUUCUAACCCCUCUGCACCAGAGUUUCAUAUGUAGAAAUGCAAGCAUCGCCCUUUCGAGAACUUUCCACCUUGACCUGCUUCACCUGCAGCUACAAGCUGCUCAGCUGCCCUCCUCGGGAGAAUUUGGCCCAAGUUUCUCCUGUCCAACUGACUUCUCCAUCCUGUUGCCUCUCAUCAUUGGUCUGAUCCUCCUGGGCCUGAUCACCGUGGUACUUGUGAUCUUCUGCAUUGUCCAGAGACGUCCAUCCGCCUACCAGCCCCUCUAAGUAUCUGCCUAAGGCGGGA